AUGGCCUCUCAACCUUCGAAACCCAGGAGACCUAUUCUCCAGAUCAACACGACCCAGGUUCCCCCUUCCAGGAUAUCCUCCUCGCGGAAAAUCGUCGUGGUCGACCCCAAAGACCCCACCGCCUUCAACACCCUCUCCAACGUCUACGCCACCGUGAUAGACCGGAGCACCCCCGUACAGGCCGAACCUCUUACCGCCAUCAAGACGCGCCAACCCCUUCAAAUCCAGACCACGGGGCUCAAGGGCGCCGAAGAUGCAAAGAGGACCGUGACGCCCUUCAUCCCCUAUGGACCCUCCUACCCGGAGACGCCCCUCACGGCGCACCCCAAAUCACCCAUGAACAACCCCGAGUUCAUCCUCCCCUCCACCAUGACCAACACGCCACCCUUAUCCGCCGGCCCGGUGGAGUCCACCACCCCCAGCUUCUCCUUUGCGCCGUCCGACAUGGUCCGGCGACUCGGCGCCAGCACCGAAGCCACCACCCCCAUCGCCGUCGCCGUCCCCACCACCCCGCGCCAAACCCGGUCCGGCCCUUUUUCAAAACCACCCCGCCCUACAUCCACCCGCGCGGCAUCCACAGCAUCCUGCGAAACUCCCCUUACCCCCUUCCAGCGCCCGUAUCCCGCCUUCGCCGCGGAGGCAAUCCCUGCGCCUGCAAGAAAAGCCGCCAAGCGCGUGGGCUACAACAGCCCCAUCGAGCAGACCAUCGUCAACAGCAAGUACGUGUUUUCCCACGUCGACCUCUUGGCCGAGGACGCUUCGCCCUCCCCCAUGUCGCCUGCCCUGCCCCAGGUCCUGCCCACCGUGGAGACCGUGGCGUGCUACAGCGGCGAGGAGAGGACGCCCGGUGACAUCACGCCGGGGCCCCUGGAGGACAUGCGGCGGAAGAUGGCCAACCUCGAGGACGACCCCGACGAGGAGGUGGGCGGCGCCAUCGCGGCGCUUCGUGCGGCGGAAGCCGCGGCCAAGGCCAAGGAUGACGUCGACAUCACCGCGCCCGCCAUGGCCCCGGGCGCGCUCGUCGCGGAGGAAGCCCCGCUCCAGCUGCAGCUGCAGCAGCUCCUACCCACCAUUUACGUCCCGUCCUCCGCGGGAUACGCGCCCGACGCGACGCCGAGCCUGUGCAGCCAGGACUCGAGCGCCGAGUCGCACGACGUCGACAUGUCGGACUCGAGCAGCUUUUGUCGCCGGGCAGCAGCCGCGCCGUGA